AACCUUCCUCACAUCCGCAUCGACAUCCACAUCCACAUCUACAUCCGCCCAGGGUUUCACUUCUCCCCCGACUUCCGAUCUCACCACCGCCCCUCACCUCACCAACUCACCUUCGCAAUGGGCAAAUCCCCCUCCAAAACCUCUCCCACGCCCACUGAUGUCCUCCCCCUAAUUCCGCUUGCCCCCCCUCUCGCUGUCCUCCCAGGCACAACACUCAAAGUCCCCAUUACCAAUCGCGCCGACGUCGCCGCCAUCCUUGCAAAAAUAUACUCGAUUUCGCCGACCGCGAAACCAGAUGCUGCAAUCACUGUCGCGUGUGUGCCGCUGAGGAGUGCGUUGGUGGGUAGGGAGGGGGGACUUCUGAUCGAGGACGGGGACGCGAAGGGGGAGCAGCCUGGGGGGUUUGAAACAGAUCCAGUGAAUGCGACAAAGAAAGAUGUAUUUGGAUACGCGUGUGUGGCGAAGGUGAGUGGGGUACAGGGACGACGGCAAGGGGAGCUGAGUCUGGUAGUUGAAGGACUCGAGAGGGUUGAGGUGCUGGAUGUGGUGCAGGAGCGGCCUUAUUUUGAGGGGGAAUUGAGGGGGGUUGAUGAGCAUGUCGACGUCGCCAACCCCGAAUUAGCAGAACAAUUUAACCUUCUCAAACAACUGUCACGCGAACUCCUAGCGCUCGUCCGGCUAUCGUCGAUACUGCCACGCACUCCGACCGUUUCCCUCUCGCCCAUCGUCGCUCGAAGACUAGAGCUAUACAUCGCGAGGAAGGAUCUCUCGGAAGCCGGGUCGCUGGCAGAUUUCAUGGCGAAUGUGGUGGACUGUACACACGAAGAGAAGCUGCGCGUGCUGGCUGCGAUAGAUGUUAAAGACAGGGUAGACCGGGUCAUUGAGAUUCUUCAGCGGCAGAUCAGCAGUAUACAAGGGAGCACGCGGAUAACAGUUACAAGUACAACAAUACCCGUUGCGCAUGGGAGCUUUGAUAUCGACCAGCUGCGACGGAUACAACAAGAGGCUCUAAAGAGAAGGUCUGGCAUGACUAAUAGUGGCAGUAAUGGUAUGCCCGCCGGAUUCCCUGGGUUCCCAGGCGCUCCAGGACAAGGGGGAGAGGAAGAAGCCAACGAGCUCGAGGAGCUGAAGAAAAGGUUGCAGGAUGCAAAGCUAUCUCCAGACGCAGACAAGGUUGCGCAAAGGGAGCUGCAACGGUUACAGAAGAUGAAUCCUGUGCAAGCUGAAUACCAGGUCUGUCGGAAUUACCUGGAAAAUCUAGCCGAGAUUCCGUGGACUAAGACAACAGUGGAUCAGCUAGAUGCGAAGACUUUAGUUAAGGCGAAGAAACAGCUUGAUGAUGAUCACUAUGGGCUGGAUAAGAUUAAGAAGAGGUUGUUGGAGUAUCUGGCUGUGUUGAAGCUCAAGGAGCAGGCGAAUAAGAAUAUUGAUGACCAGAUCAAGGCACUUGCGAAAUCGAUUGCUCCAAUUGAGGAGAAGGGCGAGAAAGAGAAGGACAAGGAAGAGAAGGUCAUGAAGGAGCCUUCAGAGGCUGAGCUGAAGUUGCUCGAGAAGAAGAGGAUGGUCGAUAAGAGCCCGAUUCUCCUCCUUGUCGGUCCUCCUGGCACUGGCAAGACCUCUCUCGCUAAAUCCAUUGCCACCGCCCUUGGUCGCAAGUUUCACCGCAUCUCGCUCGGAGGCGUCCGUGACGAGGCUGAGAUCCGCGGACAUCGAAGAACAUAUGUUGCCGCCAUGCCCGGCCUCAUCGUCAACGGACUGAAGAAAGUGGGCGUCGCCAACCCAGUCUUCCUGCUCGACGAGAUCGACAAACUAGGUGUAUCAAACUACAACGGCGAUCCCAGCGCCGCUAUGCUGGAAGUCCUGGACCCAGAACAAAAUCACACUUUCACAGACCACUACGUCAAUAUCCCCAUUGAUCUCUCCAGAGUCCUCUUCAUCGCCACGGCCAACUCGCUCGACACUAUCCCACCCCCUCUCCUCGAUCGCAUGGAAACCAUCCAAUUAUCGGGCUACACAACGCUUGAGAAACGGCAUAUCGCAGCCCGCCACCUGUUGCCGAAACAAAUCACGACUAAUGGCCUCCAUCCAGAUAACAUCGACAUGCCCACCGAUGUGCUCGACAAGAUCAUCACAUCCUACACACGCGAAUCUGGGGUCCGCAAUCUCGAGCGCGAAAUCGGCUCCGUAUGUCGCAGCAAAGCGGUUGAAUACGCAACUGCUAAAGACACAGAAACCCUGCCCCAAUAUAACCCCGUCGUUACAUUGUCCGAUUUGGACGGUAUCCUCGGCAUUGAGAAAUUUACGGAGGAACUCACUGAGCAGCAUUCUCGUCCUGGCGUAGUCACCGGUCUUGUCGCAUACUCCACCGGUGGCCAGGGGUCUAUUCUUUUUAUUGAGAUCGCGGAUAUGCCUGGAACAGGACGUGUGCAACUGACGGGCAAACUCGGAGACGUGCUAAAAGAAAGCGUGGAAGUUGCGCUCUCGUGGGUUAAAGCGCACGCUUUUGAGCUCGGGCUAUCAGCUGCUGAGGACGAGGAUAUCAUGAAAAACCGCAGUAUCCACGUCCAUUGUCCUUCCGGCGCGAUACCAAAAGACGGACCGUCUGCAGGUCUUGCCCAUACGGUUGCGCUCAUAUCCCUCUUCUCUGGUAAACCGGUUCCUACUACGUUAGCGAUGACAGGAGAGGUGAGCUUAAGGGGCCGGGUGCUUCCUGUAGGAGGCAUUAAGGAGAAGCUGAUUGGAGCGUUGAGAGCCGGGGUGGAGAGAGUGCUGUUGCCGGAGGGGAAUAGGAAGGAUGUUAGGGAUUUGCCGGAGGAGGUUAAGAAGGGGGUUGGGAUUGAGUUUGUGAGUCAUAUUUGGGAGGGGUUGGGGAAGGUAUGGCCGGAGAGGUGGGAGAGAGCCGGGGGGUGGGUUGGGGAGAGUAGGUUGUAGGUAUAGGGGAUCAUAUGGGGAGGGCUUUUGGGGGUGGAGGGAGGAGAGAAGAUGAGAGCAGAUUGCAUAGGCCUUUGGAGUUGGUUGUUUGGGGUGGCCAUAGGAGUUGCCUACCUUCUCU